AUGAAAGAAUCUUAUUGUAUAGUAGAUAAAAGAGUAACUCCUUGCACAGAGCCAAGUGGUUACCAAAAUGAUAAAAGAGGUAGAACUCAAUUCUUUUGUAGAUGCGCAGUUUGCGGAAAUAAAAAAGUUAGAUAUGUAAAAAUGGGGACGGUUUCUCAAACUGGAACUGGAAAAAGGAAAACAAAAAAGAAGUCACAAACUAAUAAGCCCGUCUGAAGGGGCGGGCGUCUUUGAUAUUCACAAAUUGAUUGGAAAACUUCCAAAACCAAAAGCAGGAUGGACUCCAGGUUCUUAUAAAUAUAUGGGACCCUACAAUCCUCUAGACAAACAAUUAAGUUAUAAUCAUGAAACCGGAAAAGUGCCAGAGUGGAAAGUUAAACCGUUUAACAAAGUCGAUGAGAUUGCAGCUUAUCACGAUAUUUGUUACGACAUGGGAAGAAACAAAGGUGAUUGCGAUAGAGAGAUGGUACAAUCAUUGGAUGAGAUACCAUAUGGUGAAAUGCCAAAG